CACGUGUCUUGCAAAAGCGAAAUCGAAAGUAAAAUCAUCAAAUGCUCUAACUCGCUAAAAUGUUUGUAAAGCCUGUAUAUUUCUAAACAUUUGUAUGAUAAUGAUCCAUAUCACACUUCCUGUUUGAUACUGAAUAGAUCUGUUAGGCCUAAAAACUAAGAUGUGUAGGUCAAGCAUUCUUUAUGGACUGUUGACAAGGUGAAGAAGGCUGGACUUAUUAUUAGGUGAAAUGGAUCCGGAAAUACAUCCAAGUAUGGAUACUAGUACAUGUCCAGAUUCCGAGAAAACAACAGAAUAUGUAUGUGCUGAGCAUGGAAGUUCUCUCCAGAAAGCAUUUUAUACAGCUUGGACCAAUAAGGAAUAUUGUGACAUCACGCUGCGAGUUGGUAAGGACAGUAUUCAGACCCAUCGACUGAUACUGACUUCACUCUCUCAGUAUUUCAAAACCCUUCUACAGAUGGAUGUGAAUGGCAAAAAAGAUGAAGCAGAGCUGCAUGAAGUGGAAUUUGAUUCAUUGUGUCAACUCCUGUCAUUUGGCUAUACUGGAAAGAUUGAUAUAUCCAUGGAAAAUGUUGCUUCUUUAUUCAUAGCCUCAUCUUACCUACAGGUAGUUUUUGUGAAGGACUCCUGCGAGAAGUUCUUAUUGAACAAUAUGGACAAAGAUAACUGCGUCAGAGCUUGGUGUCUCGCUGACCAGUACACUGCCAUGGCACUCGACAACAAAGCUGUGCAAGUAUUUACACAGGAAUUUGAAUACAUCAGUAGCACAGAGGAUUUUAUUUCCAUGCUAACAGUGAAAAUGUUGUUAAGGAUGUUGGAAAAGGAGGGACUGGUCAUUUCAAGAGAUGGGGUCAUUUUGCCACCUGUAGAACAAGAAAUCAGUCUGCUGAAAGGAGUACUACACUACAUCGACAGGACCAUGUGUAGUAUUGAGGCUGCCAUAUCUUUACUUAAGGCAGUCCGACUUCCCCUCAUAGAUUAUAUACUUAUCACAGAGCACCUGUCAAAGUAUCCUAAACUGUGCCAAGACAAAGCUGUGGAAAAUCUCUUGGAUGCUGUAAAAACCUUUCGGGAGAGUUCAGAACAUCAGGAAAUCAACAAAAACUGGCUAUCACCACGGAGACCAAAGAUCAAUGGGUAUGUGUACAGCCAGAUGUCAUAUGGAGUAGGUGGCGAGGAUGGGGUACACUUCUUCCUGAGAAGCAACUUUGGAAUACCAAGACCAAGUAAAGAUGCCUUAGUCACCUCCGUGGAUGUUCAUCUGAGAUACUGGUCUCAGCACCCAAAUAAAGACCCUAUUGUCGGAGGCCUAACCUUCAAAUACUCCGACAAUACAGUCUUACAAGGUGGUUUGGAAGCUGAUUCACACUAUUGCACUAAGGUUGAGAGCUUUGCACUACAGGAUUCUGAGUACAUCACCAGGGUUGUCGUAAAGAGUGGAUGGAUGAUGGACAGCAUCAAAUUUGAGACAAAUUUUGGCAAGAGUUAUGGCCCCUGGGGAGGAUCAGGUGGAGGAGAACGCACCUGUGUCGCACCGAAUGGAACAGUUGGAUACUUGCACAGUUUUGCUGGUAUUGACAUAAAUUCUGGUGGCAGUUCAGCUGUUCACAGAGUCCGUCUGGGUUGGGCAACGCUAGAUGAUGCAGAGGAGGAGCUUGACAUGACUGAUCUCUAUAAAAACAUGAGACUUAGGCCACAUAGUGAUUUUGGUGAUUUUGACGACGAGAUUGACGAUGAUUAUAACGCGACUGAUAGUGAUGAAUAUGAAAAUCCAUCUGAUGUUGAAUGAUCCAAAACAUAAAGUGGGUCUGAAUGUGUGUCUACCUCACUAUAUGUAUGUAGUAAUUAACACAAAUACAACUGGGCCUUUGAUUUGACGAAGAUCUGUCCAUGUUUGUAAGAAAUCAGGGUUAUAGAUAUAUAUAUACAUGUACAGUUAUAUUGAUAUCUAAGAUAAAAAUCCUUCUUCUUCUUCUUUUGUUGGCUCCUUCAAUAUAUUGGCAAUUAUGCCCUCGGGGGGGGGUCUGAUGCAUAGGCGUGAAAAAAGGGGCAAUUUACAGUGAUUUUUUUGCGAGGGUAUAUAAAUGGUAAAAACAGCCGUAUGUUUUAGUGUGUGAUGAGGGCUUUAAGGGCGGUUUAGGGUAUUUUUGUCCUGCAGUCUUGUGUUGUGCAAUAGUACUGCUGCUAUGGGAAGGGAUUCCAUAAUGUUAUUGUGAGUGGAAAGAAUGAAUAUUAAAUUUUGUAGGUGUCUUUUAUAUAAAGCUACUUGGAUUUUAAAAUAAAUAAAUAAAUAUGUUUUAAAUUCUUACUUUUAAUAAUAGGACAUGUGUACAAAAUAUACAGUUGUAGUGCUGUUUGGCUUAUGUUUUAUAUAAAUAGUGUAUUGUCAUUCGCAUGUUAAGUAUAUUUUGUGAAAAAUCCUCCCACACAUAAUUUGUUAAUUAAGCAGAGAAAUAACAAUCGAUCCCAAUGAACACACUAACUUUAACCAGACAUUACUUAGUAACAAUUAAGACUUGCUCUGCCUGGUAACCAAAAAAUUGACAUCAAAAGCGUUGACAUAAAAUCAUUGAAAUUUGACUAAAUGUAUAGACAAGCGAUACAGUCAACAGGGAUCCUCAAAAGACAAAAACUAUAUACACUAAUCAUAAUUAACAGCAAAGACACGUACCUUUUUUAGUUUAUAAAUAUACAGAAUUCAUGCUGCUUAAACAUGUUUGGUCAAAGUGCAUGCAGGCUUAUUUAUAAUCUAAGUCCAUGGUCAUUGCUAAUAUAAUUUUCAAUAUUGAACAAAUCUCGAUCAAAAUGAGGAUAUAAAAUUUCAAUGGGUAUAGAUUGUGUGGGAUAUAAAAAGUUUGUUGGACUGGAAACAUUUUAUAGUUAAAUGUACUGAUAGUGCUGGCUUAAACAAGUUUCUGUUAUAGUGAAUUGAUUUUCAUAGUCCCACACAAAGAACCUGGGAGGAUAUAUUUUUGCAUUGUGUCCAUCCAUCCUUGUGUCCUUUCACACUUGAUCAUUUUGUCCGGGCUCCUACAUUACUUGUCACUGGACCUUCCUACUUGGCGCAUACAAAAAUGUAGGUUCACCUAGCUAUAUAUAGUUAGGUGAUCAUGAGAUGCUGUGUGUCAUGUACCAAAAGUAGGUCGCUCUGUCUCACUCUGACCUACAUUUUGACCUUUGGCCUACAGAAAAGAAAAGUAUGUCUUCAACACUACUUGUUACUGGAUCUUCAUUCUUUGGGCAUAUGUUCAUCUAGAUGAGGUGGUGUUAUGUAUCAAAAGUAUGCCACUCUGACCUAAUUUUUAAACUUUGACCUGCAUAAAGGCAUAAGUUGGUGCAUGUUCUAUAUCUUACACUACUUGUAACUCAAACUUCCUACUUGGGGCAUGGCAUCACCUAUGUGUCAAGAGGCAGUGUUUGUCAAGUACCAGGAGUAGGUCAGAAAGGUUUGUCAAGACUGUACCCCUACACUACAUGUAAAUGAAACUUCAUACUGACUCGGAGACAGUUUGUCCAGGCCGUAUCCCUACACUACAUGUCAAUGGAACUUCAUACUGACUCGGAGACAGUUUGUCCAGGCCGUAUCCCUACACAACAUGUCAAUGGAACUUCAUACUGACUCGGAGACAGUUUGUCCAGGCCGUAUCCCUACACUACAUGUCAAUGGAACUUCAUACUGACUCGGAGACAAUUUGUACAGGCCGUAUCCCUACACUACAUGUCAAUGAAACUUCAUACUGACUCGGAGACAAUUUGUGCAGGUCGUAUCCCUACACUAAAUGUACUUGUCAAUGGAACCUCACACUGACUUGGAGGGAUUGGUACACUUGAAUGGAACUUUUGGUAUCGCCCACUAAAAUGAUAUUCCUGAAUUUAUUCACAUUGAUACCACAAAAUGCAAUUAUUGAAUACAGUGUCUGUCAAAUUUCCUACACAAAUUCAUCAUCUGUGCAUCCUUGACAUAAAAUUCAACAUCUGCUGGCAUGGGGGACUGUAGUUCACCGUAUCAUCUUGUUAUAUGUACCUAGGUAUAAAAAUCUUAAUCAUUAUUUAUAUGUAAGAGCGAUUUCAGAGAGUUUGGUAAGUAGGGACUGUCCCAAUCACCUACUCUCUGGAAUGGAAUUUGUGAUUUUGUGAUUGGUUUUAUUUAUCUAAAAAUAACUUAUUGUAACAGUUCUUUUCAGAAUAUCAAUAUUUUAUAUUUUAUUAUGGUUAAGAUGACUAAUCCCGGAUAUUAAAACUAUGUUUUAUACUUUGUAACUAUAUACUUGUACAAUGUAAUUGUGAUAUAUGACACUUAAAUAAACAAAUUGGUUGAUUGUUGAUUGAUUGAUAUAAUACGUAUACUGACAAAACCUGGAUGUGAAGUGAUGAUUGAAUGCCAUUCAUCUUGAGUUUUGAAUCUGGACAGAGCAGAUAUGAAAAUUGUUUUUUCUUUGUGAAAAUGUCAGAUAGAUUACAUGGACUUUUAGUACAAUUAGAUGUAAAAAGGAUACCUUAAAAAAUAAUUUGUUUAAAUUAGUUAUGUAGCAAGGAUGUAUACCUAAACAAAUAAUUUGUUUAAAUUAGUUAUUUUAUAUAUGGUUUUUGAUUGUGAGCUUGAUUUUCUAACAUUAAAAGACAAAUGUUAAUCUUUUCAACUUAUGUUCAUUUGAAGAAAUCUCAAAUUUAUACAAUAUUGAUAUACUGGUAAUGGAUUAAUGGACCCGAUGAUAGGAUUAAAAAUUCAUGUAAAAGUCCCUGCGCCCAAAACAACACCAAACUUUAUUAAUUUUUCUGAAAGCAUUUUAAUGCUGAAUAUACUAUUUACUGGUAAUAGGACAAUUGUUAUAAAUAUGGUUGUUGUUGAAUGUAUUUGGUUUAUCAUACCUGUCAAUUUUCAAUUCAAUAAAAUAGUAUUCUGUUCGAAA